AUGCUUGCCCUCAGAGGUGGCCUGGCUCAUGCCCUGCUCGCGAAGAUGUUCAAGCCUCAGAUGUGCUCAUGUUUUGCUACAGACCCCAGACAGGAUGAUGGUACAAUCUAUGAGUUUCGUACCUAUUCUCUCAAGUCCUCAAAGAUGAAUGAGUUCCUAGAAAAUAUUAAGAAAAAUAUUCAUCUGCAGACAUCUCACUCUGAACUGGUUGGAUUCUGGAGCACAGAACUAGGCGGCAGACUGAAUACAGUGUUUCAUGUUUGGAAGUAUGAUAACUUUGCUCAUAGAACCAAAGUUCGGAAAGCACUGGCCAAUGAUAAGGAAUGGCAGGAGCAGUUUAUUAUUCCAAAUUUGCCUCUGAUUGAUAAACAAGAGAGUGAGAUUACGUACAUGAUACCAUGGUGCAAACUAGAAAAACCUCCAGAAGGAGGGGUCUAUGAACUAGCUAUUUUUCACAUGAAACCAGGUGGACCAGCUCUGUGGGGUGAUGCAUUUAAGAAGGCAGUUCAUGCUCAUGUCAAUUUGGGCUACACAAGAUUAGUUGGCGCAUUCCACAGCGAAUAUGGACGACUCAACUGAGUUCAUGUUCGUUGGUGGUAUAAGAAUGCAGAUAGUCGUGCAGCUGGGAGACAUUGGUCUCACGAGGAUCCCAGAGUGGUGGCAGCGGUACGGGAAAGUGUUAACUUCCUCAGAUCUCAGGAGAAUAUAAUUAUGACCCCAACAUCAUUUUCACCUUUGAAAUAG